AUGGACCUCGACAUGAAUAUCCCUCUUUUUUACCGCGUGUCCACCAUGGCCGCCCUUUCCACAAGCAAGCUCCUACCCCUCGAUACUGUCAUGAAUAUUGAGGCCAUGACAAAUAUCGUGCCUGACAUCGACCCAAUUAACGUACCACGAACGGUUCGACUACGAUCAGAACAAGAUUGCGACCAGGCCUUUUCGUUACUGUUGUCUAUCCUGCGGCAACCGGAGCUGGGCAUGUAUAUCCGUCAUAUUGAUAUUCUUCGAGAUACCUCUUACCAUGGUCAGUACAAGCCAACACCGAGCCAGCGCUUCGUAUCCGAACAAGAUAGGAUGCUUUUGCAGUCAGCUGUCCUGAAUGCCGGGUGGUACGGAGUGGAGAAAGAGCUAGUGCUAAAUAUGCUUUUACAAAAACACUUUGAUUUGGAUUUUUCACAUGGAUUUCAAUCAUCUCGAGUCAGAGGUGGUCGACAUACUCGCGGUUCACAUAUGAUCCAAGCCCUCGCAGCGAUUCUCGUGUCCGUCUCCCCGAAUUUAGAGUCGAUAAAACUUCGUCCGAUUGGGCGAUAUAUGAAGGAUGGCUUUGCACAUCUGCCCCUGGAGCAGUUUUUAUUACGAGCAGGGAGCCCGUCUUGCAGCCGUGGCCAUGUUCUUAAAAAUCUUCACCGCAUAGACCUACUACAUACAGACGAUGCCCUUAUUCAUGACCCGAUUCUCUUUAAUCCUUACGACCUACUAUACCACAUGUCAAUAUUCGACCAAUUACCAUCAAUUGAACAUAUUUGCGUUGGUGGAAUGGAAAUAGAAGAAGACGGCCAGGAAGAUCUGCUACCACUGUCAUCGAAUAUCCAGCGUAUCGAGCUUUUACACUCAGUGCUUCCAACUAUGUUAUUAUGCUCCGUCAUAACAUCCUCCAAACAACUACAACAUUUCGUUCACUCCGUCGGUGGCCGUGCCACUAUUGAUACAGGAAACUGGCAUAUGGGAUUUCCAGCCAUUCUCAGAGCCCUUCUAGUCCAUCGAGACUCGCUGGAGUGUCUUGACCUGGACACUGACUCUGAUUACUCUAGUGUUCUCGAAGAGGAAGAAUUCGCAGAGUACUUUGUCCCUGGCUCCGAUGAUGAUACCAAUGAUGAUAUGGACGAAGACGUUGAGGACCAACGGGCAUUCAUGAACCAAAAAUCCGUCGUAAAACUUAUCUUUCACCAAAAUGGUGCUCUAUGUGAUUUCACAGCUCUCCGACGACUCAGUAUUGGCGUCAAAUGCCUGUUCGAAAUGGCUCGUGGCAUUUCCGUCCAACAAGCUGUCAACAUUCCCCUCGCCGACCUUUUACCUCCUAAUCUAGAAUCUCUUUGCAUCCGUGGUUAUAUCCCCGGAGAUAAUCAAUUUUACGACACACAUAUUCAAGACCUUUUCGAGAAGUUUGUUGCUGGACAAAAACCCGGGUUGACCGAACUUCUUGGGAUUAGAGAGUUCAUUCCUAAUUCCGAGAUGGUGCAUAUUGAUGAUGUGGAUCAACAUCCGGAAUUGGUUUGGAUAGAUGAGCGAGAUGCUAUGAUAUGA